AUGCCUCUUACCGGUGCAGAAAUCGCAAAACAUAACUCAAGAGACUCGUGCUGGGUCAUUGUCCAUACCUCAGAGCAUCCCGGUGGACCUAAGAUCAUCCUCAAGUACGCUGGCAAAGAUGCCACCGAGGAGUACGAGCCGAUUCACCCGCCCGAUACCCUUGACAAGUACCUGGACAAGUCGAAGCACUUGGGAUCGGUGGAUAUGGGCACAGUUGAGCAGGAGGAGAAGAAAGUGACACCAGAAGAGCUGGAGCGACAGGAGCGCAUCAAGCGGAUGCCGAUUCUGGAACAAUGCUAUAACCUGAUGGAUUUCGAGGCUGUGGCGAGAGGCGUCAUGAAGAAGACUGCUUGGGCAUACUAUUCCAGUGGUGCGGACGAUGAAAUUACGAUGAGGGAAAACCACUCCGCAUUCCACAAGAUCUGGUUCCGCCCCCGCAUCCUCGUCGACGUUGAGAAAAUUGAUUUUUCGACUACUAUGCUCGGCACAAAAGUCGACAUCCCAUUCUACGUUACCGCCACGGCGCUUGGAAAGCUCGGUCAUCCAGAAGGGGAGGUCGUCCUCACCAGAGCAGCAAAGAAGCACAAUGUCAUCCAGAUGAUCCCUACCCUCGCCUCCUGCUCCUUCGACGAGAUCAUGGAUGCAGCAGAGGGAGACCAAGUCCAGUGGAUGCAGCUGUACGUCAACAAGGACCGUGAAAUCACCAAGAAGAUCGUUCAGCAUGCCGAGAAGCGCGGCUGCAAAGGUCUGUUCAUCACAGUCGAUGCUCCGCAGCUGGGUCGUCGCGAGAAGGACAUGCGCACGAAGUUCGAUGACACGGGAUCCAAUGUACAGGCUGGCGACAAGACGGACACGUCGCAGGGUGCGGCCAGGGCUAUUUCGAGUUUCAUUGAUCCCGCGCUGAGCUGGAAGGAUAUCCCGUGGUUCCAGUCCAUCACCCAGAUGCCCAUCAUCCUCAAGGGCGUGCAGCGCGUCGAGGACGUGAUCCGUGCCAUCGAGUCCGGCGUCCAAGGCGUGGUGCUCUCGAACCACGGAGGUCGCCAACUCGACUUCGCGCGCUCCGGUAUUGAAGUCCUGGCUGAAGUCAUGCCCGUCCUCCGUGAGCGCGGCUGGGAGAACCGCAUCGAGAUCUACAUCGACGGGGGCGUGCGGCGAGCUACGGAUAUCAUCAAGGCGUUAUGUCUCGGUGCAAAGGGCGUUGGGAUUGGAAGGCCGUUCCUGUUCUCGAUGAGUGCGUAUGGCCAGCCGGGUGUAGAUCGCGCGAUGCAGUUGCUUAAGGAUGAGAUGGAGAUGAACAUGAGGUUGAUCGGUUGCUCCAGUGUGGACCAGCUGAAUCCUUCGUUGAUUGAUACGAGGGGUUUGAGCAUGCAUACUACGAGUGUGCCGUCGGAUACUUUGGGACUCUCUAUCUACGAUCCAUUGAUCAGUCCCGGAGCGAAGGCGAAGUUGUAG